AGUUUUCUCUUGUUUGCCUGUCCGAUGAAGUGUCUGCUAAUCCUGGGGAUAACGUUGUUUUGUCAUGUCAGCUUGAACCAGCCAUCAGUGCUGCUUCCAUGAAAAUUAAAUGGUGGCAUUUGAAUAAUUUGGUGUGCCGUUAUGAGAAUGGUCAGCUGAAAAUCGAGAGAGCCUUUGUGGGAAGAGUGCAUUUUCCUCUGGAUUUAGAAAGAGGAAAACUGUCUUUGAAAAUCUGUGAGGUCAGAAAAUCACAGAGGGGCGAAUACACAUGUGAGGUUAUCCAUGGACAGCAAGUAAAAAAAGAGCAUAUCUAUCUACAUGUCAAAUCUGUAAACUUCAGACUUGUGGUUCCCAAUCAUACCGUGAAUGCUUACCAAGGGGAAGAUGUCACCCUGCAUGUUCAGUUCUUUCCUACAAUCAGUGCUGCAUCUCUGAUAAUCAAUUGGCUUAAAGAGAGGCUGUUCAUUUAUGAGUAUGUGAAUGGGAAGGAAAUAAGACAUAGACACUAUGAAGACAGAGUAGGCCUGAACAACCAGGAGCUGGACAGUGGAAACAUUUUUCUGACUCUGAAAAAUGUAAGAUUGUCAGAUUCAGGAAACUACACCUGCCAAGUUAAAUAUGAAGAAUAUGUAAUGGACAAAAAAAUUGAACUACAUGUGAGAGCUCCAUCACUAGUUGAAAUCCCUUUGAUGAGUGAUGACCCUUUGAUGCCUGAUGAAAUCCCUUUGAUGCAUGAUGACCGUGUGUGUAAAUGGAUGGACAUUUACAGCCCUCUAGCUCCAUCACUAUUUGAAAUCCCUCGAAUGAGUGAUGACCUUGAGCGUGAAUGGAUGGACAUUAUCACUCCAUCACUAGAUAGAUUCUAUUUGAUUGAUGACCGUGAGUUGAAAUGGAUAGAAAAUUCCAUUAAGGAGCACAAAAAAAAAGAUCAAGUUUUGAAGUCACUCCAACAAUCGCUUGAGGAAGGGUCACAUCUACUGUCACUUCAACAGUCACUUCAGUUUCUUCGGCAGUCAAUUAAAUCAAUUCAACACUCACUUCAGUCGCUUCAGGAACUUGAAUAUUUACUGGAUCUUUCACUUCAGCAUUCACUUCAGUCACUUGUUCAGUCAAUUCAACAGUCACGUCGACUGUCAUUUCGACAGUCACUUGAAUUGUCGGAUCUACUGGUACUUCUACAGGCAUUUGUUCAGUCAGUUCAACUGUCAAUUCAACAGUCACGGAAAAGGUCACGUCUAGAGUCACGUCUAGAGUUACAUAUAGAGUCACUUCAAAGGUCACUUCAAAGGUCAUUUCAACAGUCACCUCAACAGAUACUCCCACUGUCACCUCAGCAGAUAAUCCGACUGUCACCUCAACAGAUACUCCCACUGUCACCUCAGCAGAUAAUCCGACUGUCACCUCAACAGAUACUCCCACAGUCAACUCAACAGAUAACUCAACAGAUACUCCCACAGUCAACUCAACAGAUAACUCAACAGAUACUCCCACAGUCAACUCAACAGAUAACUCAACAGAUAUUCCCACAGUCAACUCAACAGAUAACUCAACAGAUACUCCCACAGUCAACUCAACAGAUACUCCCACAGUCAACUCAACAGAUACUGUUUGUAUGUGAUGACGAUGAUAUGGAUGAUGACAGAAAUAAAAACACACUGUUUUUAUUUGAUCAACUCACCUGGAUGGAAAUAAUUCAUUCUAUCAUGCACGAUGCAGACAUACACACACCAGAGGGACAGGAAGUAGAAGAGGAGACAGAGCAAAGAG